AUGCUCGAGCCUUAUAGAGACAGAGCGGAGUUCGGAGGAAGAGGAGAAGAAGAAGAUCCCUCUCCGAUAAUGUUGAAGAUGUCGCAUGCAAUGGUGGAUCCCACAGACACCUGGAGUCGGGCCGCAUGGCUGGAACGGAGUUCCCGAACGGCUUUCCUGCUCGGAGUGAUGACGAUCGUCUUCUAUUUUUCCGGAUUUCUCUCCUCCGUUCUCCUCGCGCCUCUCGCCGCGCUCUGGACUCUCUCCUGUCUGGGAGACCCUCCGGAGGCGGGAGAGUCGGCGAGCGUCGGCGGAUCGACGCACACCGCGAGCGUCGGAGCAGUCGAGCUCCUCAUCUCUCUCCCGCAGUUGGGCGCUCUCGGCGUCAUCGUCUUCUUUGCUGCGAAGGCGCUUCAACAGGGGCAGGUGGGCGUCAUCCUCGCAACGCUUCGCGCCGCGUCUGCGUCUCUGCUCCCCGGCGGAGUCCGUCGAGACAAAGACCCCACAGCAGAGACAGCAGAGCAGAAGAGAGACGCAGGAGACGAAUCGGAAGAGGAAGGUGGAGGGGAAGGAGACGCAGGCGAGGCAGGCAAGCCGAGCGAGGUAGGAGAUCAGCAUGAGGAAAAAGAGGACGGAGACAGCCAAGGUGGAAGAGAAGCCGAAAGAGUAGAGGAAAAGGGUGGAGAACAAGGCGAACGCGAAGAACGAGGCCAAAACGGAGAAGACGUUUCUCGCGAUCUGCUGCACUCGAAGGGUGGGGACUGCGACAGAACUGAGAACCUCCAGGAAGAGACUCCUUUCGAGCGAAGCCGACGCGGCCCAAGCGAGCUAGAGGGUCUUUCCUUCGAUCGCACAGAAGAGCGAGAUCACCUGUUUGCCUUCCUCUCCCGCGCGAGGAAGGGGAGACAGACGAACGCGGCAAUGCACCAGGUGUCUCCGAAGAGGAGCCUCGAGGAGGAGACGACCGUCAGCUCGGCGUCGCAGGAGUUGCCUUUGGAGGCCGCGUUCGACAGCGAAAAAAGCGAGAGUUCUGAAGGACGAUCGAUUCCUUCUGUGGAAGCUGAAGCACCGAAUUUGUCGGAGUCCUUCGACGUCUUUCUGGAAGCAGUCGCCUCUGAAUUCUUGCGCCCUUUCGCGGACUCGUUCGUAAACCUUUUCAGUGUCUCCCUCGACGCAGUGCCCCCCGUCAGUGCGCUCGACGAAGACCCAGGGAGAGCGGGAGACAACCUAGAAAAAGAUCUUUCUACAGGAGAAGACUCCUUGAGAGUCGCGCAAGAAGGACGGAACGACUCGGAGAGUGACUUCUGGACUGAACGCGCGGCCUCGGCGAUUCAGACCUUCAGAGCUGUCCUCGAGUCUGCCGCUUCCUCACCCCCGCCUUCGUUUCCUGCAUUCUCCAAUUCAAUCCUCUCAUCUUGCUCUCCGUCGUCUGUCUCUGCUUCCUCUUCUUCUCCAGCUGGAAUGCCGACGCGAGCUGUGAGGGGACGCACACCCUCUCCGGUUGCAGGGGAGUAUCGGAGACACCUGGCCCUUCUGUGGGGAAACGGCGCGCCCAUUGUUGUCCCACAGUCUUCGACGCCUCAACGGCUACCUCCUAUCUUUUCUGUCUAUUCUCCUGCCUCUUCUCCUCAUCUAUCUUCUAUCUCUUCUUCUCCUGCUCUCUCAACUUCCUCUCCUCUUCAGACAGGCUCGGGCGGUGCCUGUUGGCUGGCGACGCCGUCGACGCGGGCGUCUUCUUCCUCUUCUCUGCCUCUCUCGCCUUCUCCUCUCCCUUCUCGUCAUUCUUCUCUCCCUCCUGGUUCUUCUCUUCCUUCUGCUUCUUCGCAUUCUUCUCUCCCUUCUCUUCCUCCUGCUUAUUCUCUUCCUCCCUGUUUUUCUCUUUCGUCUCCCGGUCAUUCGUUGUCUUCUGACAGAGUCGAGACAACGCCGGGGGACGCGCAUGCAACGAUUCGACCUGCGCGGCCUUCUCCUGUUCGUCCUGGGACAGGAGGCGCCUUGUCUCCUCUCGCCGCUGCCUUUGCUUCCUACUCGGCACACCGGACCUCUGUCACCUCUCUUGCAAUCCAGUCUUGUCGCAUCAAUUCUUCUCCCUCUUCCUCUUCUCCCUCUUCCUCUGCCUCUCCCCCUCCAUCUGCCUCUCCCUCUGCCUCUUCUCCUUCCUCUCCCCCUCCAUCUACCUCUCCCUCUUCCUCUUCUCCCUCUUCCUCUGCCUCUCCCUCUGCCUCUUCCUCUGCCUCUUCCUCUUCUCCCUCUUCCUCUGCCUCUCCCCCUCCAUCUGCCUCUCCCUCUGCCUCUUCUCCUUCCUCUCCCCCUCCAUCUACCUCUCCCUCUUCCUCUUCUCCCUCUUCCUCUGCCUCUCCCUCUGCCUCUUCCUCUCCAUCUGCCUCUUCUCCUUCCUCUCCCCCUCUAUCUACCUGUCCCUCUUCCUCUUCUCCCUCUUCCACUUCUUUUUCCUCUUCUUCCUGUUCAUUUGCUGCUUCCUGUUCGCGGGCAUCUCCAGAAUCGCGUCUGGAGAACGAGAGACGAACAGCGAGGGUUGCCGGCGCAGGAGAAAGAGAGGAAGAACACGAUUCUGUCCCCGAAGAGGACAGGGAAGCUCGGGUGUAUGUACACCGCGCGCGCGCCUUUCAGACAGUCUUCAACCACGCCCGCGAAAGAGGCGACGCGGAGACGCGCAUCUGGCGGACGCCUGUACAGCCGAUCCAGGUUAAGCACAGCGCGCCCAGUUUCUCGUUCGAAGGCAUGCAAGAUCUCGACAGAAACCGCGGCGAGUUGAACACCUUAGCGUCUGAGGAACGAGAAAGAACGGAGGAAAACGACGAGACGGGAGGCCUCGUCGUCCCUGAUGAAAGCUCGCCGCAAGCGCCCGUUUGCUCAGCUCCUGGCCUUCAGCUUUCUCCUUUUCGUACACCGACUUCCGGCAACCGCAUGCUUUCUUCUUGGCCUCUCUUGGCGCUAGGUGAGAAUGUCGCAGAGGCCUCAGGUGCGACUCCUCUGCGCUCGACGUCUUUCCGGAGUUGGACGUCGGGUGUGCGUACACCCGAGUUGCAUGAGGAGCAGACCUCCCCUUCUGGAGUGUCUCCGCCUUCCCUGGGACGAGCAUUCCCCGCAGUUUCUUCCGCUGGUCCCUCGCUCCGUUUCUCCACUUUCUUCUCCGCUUCUUCUUCUCUCUCCCCUCGGGCAGCGGCGAACAGAGAAGCGCGCGCCGGUGUCGGAGUCGACGCGAGGGGAGAGGACCGCGAACCGCACCAGGUCAGGCGAGAAGAGGAGAAUGAACGUCUCUGGCGACGCGCGGAUGUUCGCCGACGAGACUCUGAUGCUAUGGAAAGCGCCGCGCUCGAAUACGUGCAUGGAAGCGAAGAUGCGAACUUUGCGAGACAAAGACUUCCGGGAAGCGAACUCUCGAGGAUGGAUUUCGAACGGCGAGAAGUCUCAGCACUCAGAAGAACAAACAUUCAACAAAUCGUCGGAAGAGACGCCCCCAGUGUUGACUCCACUGCCUCCGUCCACUCCGUCGUCACAUAUCCCGCGUCCUCGUUGAUCGAUGUGCUCUUCGACUUCCUCCCGGAGGAGACAGUCUCGCGCGAGAUGUGCGAACGUUUCGCGAUGGUGAAGCGACGGAGGAGACACCGCGCGUUCAGCCUCCCUCUGCCCUCAUCUGGUCUCGCUUCGCGCAGGGACUCAGAGACAGCGCAGGAGGAGACAGCUGAAGAAGGAGAACAAGACGCAGAGACAACGCAGGAGGAGACAGCUGAAGAAGGAGAACAAGACGCAGAGACAACGCAGGAGGAGACAGCUGAAGAAGGAGAACAAGACGCAGAGACAACGCAGGAGGAGACAGCUGAAGAAGGAGAACAAGACGCAGAGACAACGCAGGAGGAGACAGCUGAAGAAGGAGAACAAGACGCAGAAACAGAGGAAGGCGCGUUCGACUGUUGCAUUUGCAUGGGAGAAUAUGCGGUGUCUGAAAGCCUGCGUCGCCUCCCCUGCAUGCACGCCUUCCACACCAGCUGUCUGCGACGGUGGAUUCAGGAAAAAUCAACUUGUCCUCUCUGUCGCUUCGAACUCACGCGCAUGCUCCUCCCCUCAGGCUAAUCGGUGCUUCACAGUGGAGGCGCCUCUCCCCUUCGACGCCUGAAUUCAAGGCUUGGAACUCUCUCCUCUCUUCUCGAACCGUUUCCUCUUGUCCGCUCGUCUCUGAAAAAGACGGAGGCGAGGAGAAGAUGGGCAGACGCGAGAGUGGCGAGAAGCGUCAGAGAGAGAAGAGAAGGAGGGAGAGGAAAGGAGAAACAGAAAGAGCAUGACGUGGAGAGAAAGGAAGAGAUGAAGAAGAGACAGGGAGGUCGAAGGAAGCGGGGGGAGAAGAGCAACUGGAGAGUCGAAAGAGAAGGGCGUGUGCUUGCUUUCCCUUUUUCGCACUGAGUUUUAGAUCUGGGGUUUUCGUUUUUUGAAGAAAAAAGUUCCGAGUUUUUUCGAGGUGACACGAAAGCGGUGCUUCUCGCUUUUGGUCUGCUCUCCACAGUCACGGGGACGCAUGCAGUUCCAGGGUGUGUGUGGUGCGUGUACACUCGAUCUCUGCAGUCGCCUGUUGAGCCAGGAUGGUUGAAUUCGAGCUCUGUUAAAAAAUGCACCUGCGCAGGAAGGGUGGAGGAUUCAAGCAUGCAGUGAUGCGCUUGCGACCGAGUAUCCCACCACUCUUACCGCGCUUCAUGUACAAAAAGGAAAUUCACUCAAAACGAAAUAACUUUUUAUUCGGCCCAGCUGGAUAAAUGCUUUUCAAUGU